ACCCUCUUUGAAUGAAGAAAGCGGGGGACCUUCUCAGAGCCACUCGCAGCAGCAGCUUCUUCUUCUCCGAUCGCAAGCUCGGUUCGGUUAUGGAGGACGCAUCUCAGAGAUACUCUUACGAACCUUUUCUGCGAUGGAAUCCUCUAGUGGAACAAUACUUCUGCAAAGCUUAUGGACCUCGCAAUUUCGCGCGCAUCUCUAAAGCAUUGACGCGCCCAUCUUGCUACUCUUGUAUACGCGUGAACUCGCUCAAGUCCUCGACCGAUGCGGUAAUUGAGAAGUUGCUGGCGAUUCUUAAAGAAAAGGAGGUUGAAUAUGGUAAUGAUUUCAAUGAAGAUUCUGAUAUGGGCACUGGGAAUUGUAGUUUUUCCACUGAAUCCAAGGAACCCCAGAAUUUGGAUGUAUGUUGUACGCCAGCCUCAGGAGCAGUCGAAGAUGUCACUAAUAUGUUCAAUGGUAGCUUUGGAAGUGGUCCUAUUUCAAAGUGUCAGUUUCCAGGGUUAGACUAUGUUCUGUUUGUCAAGGGUUCAGGACCACACACAAUUGAUUAUGGUUUUGCGGAUGGAAAACCUCCGAAGGAAGUCAUUGUGAGUCGUAAGUGUGCCGAGGCUGUUCUUCGAGGUGCUCAGGUCUAUGUUCCUGGAGUAAUGGCUUGCAGUGCUCAUGUUGAGAGAGGCGAUUUGGUUGCAGUUUCAGUUGCUGUUGAGCAGCCUAGCGUUGAUGGUGGAUGGGCCAAAGGUAUCACACGGGGGACCAUUAUGCAGGGUUUGUCGACAGAUCCAUAUUAUUCUGAAAGAAGAGGCCUGUAUAUUGGCCAAGGAAAAACAAUGUUGUCAAGGUCUGGAAUCUUCCGUGUUUCAGAAGGAGUUGCAGUGGAUAUGUGUAAUCGAGUAUUCAAACUCCCUUCACUUCAUGAUGUGCUUGACGGGGAAAUAUUUCUUCAAAAUUUGCCAAGCAUUGUUGCUGCUCAUGCACUAGAUCCUAAAAAAGGCGAGCGGAUAUUGGACAUGUGUGCAGCACCGGGAGGCAAGACAACUGCUAUUGCAAUUCUUAUGAGAGAUGAAGGAGAAAUUAUUGCAGCUGAUAGAUCUCACAAUAAGGUGUUGGAUAUUCAGAAAUUGGCUGCGGAAAUGGGCCUGAGUUGCAUAAGAACAUAUAAACUAGAUGCUCUAAAAGCUGUCCGCCGAAGGAGUGAAGGUGAUGAUACAACUAAUCUAGCCUGCAGCAAGGAUAAUUAUGAUGUAACAGUACAAAGUUCGGACUCAGUGAAGUUGCACGUGGAGAAAAAGGCACCAAUUACUUUGGAGGGAUUGAAUGCUGAUGAGACUUUGAAGAAAAAUGUUAGCAAUGAAAAAGCAAAUGAGAGAACUUACAUUAGCAAAGCUGACAUCAGGAAGAAUCUGCGAAGAAUGCGGAAUGGGCCUGGAAGAAAUCAGUGCACAGGUGGUAGGGUCGCGAAUUCUAAAGGCUUUCCUCCCAAUAGCUUUGAUCGUGUCCUUCUUGAUGCUCCCUGUUCUGCCCUAGGCUUAAGACCUCGACUAUUUGCUGCAGAGGAAACAAUUGAGUCCUUGAGAAACCACGCAAAGUAUCAAAGGAGAAUGUUCGAUCAGGCUGUUCAGUUAGUUCGACCAGGUGGAGUCAUUGUCUAUUCAACCUGUACAAUAAAUCCGGGUGAGAAUGAAGCUCUGGUUCGAUAUGCUUUGGACACUUACAAAUUUCUUUCAUUGGCAACACAGCAUCCGAGAAUUGGAGGACCUGGUCUUCUUGGCCACUUCGAAUACCCUGAUGGAUAUGUUGAGGAGUGGUUAAGACCCGGUGAGGAAGAACUUGUUCAGAGGUUUGAUCCAUCAUCUCCAUUGGACACCAUUGGUUUUUUCAUAGCCAAAUUUAGUGUUGGUUUAAAAGAAACUUGACUUCGCUAAGAUCUGCUAUUUGAGUAAUUUGACAAGAUAGUAACAGUUGAGACAAUGGAUUAUUAUGGGUUGAACUAUUUUUCUUCACUGCUCAACGUCUAAGCAUGAAUUGACAACUUAUUUAUAAUGUUAUUUCCUUGUAUAAU